AUGGAAAGCCCAAAGUCCUUCUUGUCGCGCACAACCAACACGCUCAUCGUCUUCUUCGCCCUGUACUUUACCACCCUCUUCUCCUUCGACACCUGGGCUGCUGCACGAGGAUCGCCAUUUCGCGCGCCGGGUAGCACCUCGUAUAAUCGGCCUGCGCCCGUGGCCCCAUCGCGACAAAGCUACCAGGGCGGCAUGCAUGGCCGAGGGAAUGCGGGGCCUGGAAGUGGCAGCGGUGGUGGCAGCCGAAGGGUGGCACAGGUGAAGGAUUCAAGACCGCCCAUCAAAAUGGGAGGUUCAGCUGCUUGCGGUGCUUGCUUGAUUUAA